AUGACUUACCUGUGUUACCGUCUAGAGCAGCUGGAUGAUGGUGGCCCCGUCUUACUCAAUGCUGCUGUCCUUGUGGACAUGCCAGGGACCCAUGUGGAAAUGCAGUUCCUAUCCUCCAGAAACAUUCAGGAGCUGGAACAGGACAAACAGUACCGGGUCACCUGGUACAUCUCCUGGAGCCUGUGUGUAGAGUGUGCUCAAGAAGUGUCCACUUUCCUGCGGGAGCACCCUAACGUCCACCUGAGCAUCUUUGCAUCCCGGCUGUAUCACUGGAACAGGCGAUUAAAUCAGCAGGGGCUGAGGGACCUGCAGGAGGCUGGAGCCCAAAUCCAAGGCAUGUCUUUUCAGGAGUUUGAGGACUGCCGGGAAACCUUUGUGGACCACGAGGGAGAGCGCUUCCAGCCCUGGGAGGGAAUAGACUUCCCCCCUGACCUCUGCGUGUCAUGA